ACUAGUUAAUAAUACUUUGAAGUCUUUUUCAUUUUGAAAAUUCAGUACUGUCAUCUUUAUUUACUGAUAAAAGGGAAAUUUUUUGUAAUGGGAGAUAUUCCUGAAAAUGCACCUGAUCAUUGUCCUGGAACGGAAAGUGAUCAGGCCGGAACAGCUUCUGCAUGUGCAGGUUGUCCAAACCAAAAAAUAUGCGCAGCCGGUCCACCACCAGAAGAUCCUGCAAUCCAGGAAAUUAGAGAAGUGUUAAAGAAUGUAAAAAACAAGAUAUUAAUAUUGUCGGGUAAGGGUGGAGUUGGCAAAAGUACAUUUACUGCUAAUUUGGCCAGAGCAUUUGCAAGAAAUGAAAAUAUUCAAGUUGGAGUUUUGGACAUUGAUAUUUGUGGUCCUUCUAUGCCUGUUAUUUUAGGUUGUCAAGGAGAACAAGUGCAUCAAAGUGGCUCCGGAUGGUCUCCCGUUUAUGUAGAAGAAAACUUAGGAAUAAUAUCUGUAGGAUUUCUAUUGAACUCUCCUGACGAGGCAGUUAUAUGGAGAGGACCAAAGAAGAACACGCUUAUAAAACAAUUUUUAAGAGAUGUUGAUUGGGGAGAACUCGACUAUUUGUUAAUUGACACUCCCCCAGGAACAAGCGAUGAACAUUUAUCUGUAGUUUCUUACAUGAAAGAGGCUGGUGUAACUGGUGCUGUUGUCGUAACGACUCCACAAGAUGUUGCUAUUUUGGACGUUCGAAAGGAAAUAAACUUUUGUCAAAAGUUGAAUGUUCCAAUUUUGGGUAUUGUAGAAAAUAUGAGUUCGUUUGUUUGCCCUCGAUGCAAUAAAGCUAACGAAAUAUUUCCACCAACAAACGGUGGAGGUCAACGAUUAGCUGAGGAAGUUAAUGUUAAGUUUCUAGGUAGAAUUCCACUCGAUCCAGAAUUAGCAAAGAGUGCCGAUCAAGGACAGUCGUUAUUCGAAAGUGCUCCUCAAUCAAUGGUAGCUCAAGCUUUAGAAUCCGUUGUGACAAAUAUUAAAUUGUUAUGCGAAUUAAAACAGGAUUCAGAGACAGGCGAGCAUCAGAGAUGA